CAUCCGCAGCUUUAUAGGUAGGUGUAUUCUCUUCCCUCUUUUGGCUCUUGCAAUUUGCAUCUCUUCUUGUGUACGUUACGCGUUACAUUUACUACAGUUGUACUCGAGAUCUCACAAUCAUCCCCAUUCGAUCUGUCUCUGCUCUGACGCCAUUUUGACAUUGGUGGCCAGAGCUCUCUCUUACUUUUCCCAUUAAUUAAAACUUCCCGCGAGACCUUCAAUUUGUUCAUGCCCUGUUGCUUUUUUGCAAGCAGUCAUACAGGGAAGCUUCGGGUGGAAUAUCCACAUUGUCUUGUCAAUAUAUCUCAGCCUCAAAAGGUUUCGGCAUUGGAUAUAUAAAGGCAUGAGGAUUCUCCCUGACUCGUACUCAUCACAUACCGACCUCACAUCCCUAUCUAAACUCGAGCCUCAUCUUGAAGUUAUACCUCACGUCACUCCCCUCUUCAGACCCACACAGUACGCACACCAUCUGCUCCUCAACGCCAUUGCCGUACUAACUCAUCCUCAAGUCACCUUCUACAUACAUCAUUCUCGCCAGCAAAAUGUGCGAAUACACAAGGAACUACUACAUCUACACUUCAUGUGUUGACCCAGGAGCUCACUACUUCUCUACAUCGAUCGAUGGCAGCAAAGACCGACAAUGCGCAAAGGGACCCCAUGAACGCUACAUUGUCGUUCCCGGACAUUGUCCCUUGUGCUCAUGAAUACCAAGCUCAUCACGGAACCUCGACGAGUCAUCAGGAGUUUCAACACAUUUCAUUUGACUCUACGUAUGGCAAUUAGCACUUUCACUUCGCAGUUGACCUCAUCCCAAUAUCCAUAACCUCUACAACACACAAGCGGAUUUUGGACAAUCUUUUCCGGCAACAGUAGCCGGCGCAUCGUCGUAGCACUUUCAGCGAACCGGUGCAUUUCUUUCUUGAGCGAGAUUUUUCUGAGCGGGGUGUUCGGGAAAUGGGAAAUGGAAUGGGUCUCAUUUGGAUUUUAGGGAUAUACAUCUAUCACCUGAGGAGUUUUCAUUGGUCAUCUCGUUUUCUCUUUUUUAGGGAUAUACAUCUAUCGCCUGAGGAGUUUUCAUUGGUCAUCUCGUUUUCUCUCUUUUUUAUUGUUUAACGGCCAAAAAUAUAUCAAAGGAAAGGGCGGAUCUCGGGAUAUGCAAAAGCAAGGGAUGAAGGGGUAAUUUAGCGAUCAACGACAUGGGAUUUUCUCUUAUUGGAUAUGGGCAAGGCAAGGUUUCAGCUUUCUGAGGGGUGGGGGAAAGGUUAUACACAGAACUCACAUUUCUGACUAAGUCUCGGACUAUUUUUAUUUUUUCCAAAUAUAAAGUUUAUAUGUUUAGCUUUUUUCA